UUAAUCUGGCAUCAGUGGUAAGUUGUGUUUGGCCUCUAGCUGGUGGAGACUUGUUCUAUUCUGUGUGAAACGAGGCUCUUGCUGCCUCUUUCCAUCCUGCCAGGUCACCAUGCCGCCUGUGGAAGGGCCGCCUGCCGAAGAAAAGAAGAAUGUGGUGGGCUUCAUCUAUCCGCCUCCUGAAGUGAGGAAUAUUGUUGACAAGACUGCAAAUUUUGUUGCAAGAAAUGGACCAGAGUUUGAGGCUCGGAUCCGGCAGCAUGAACAGAACAACCCAAAGUUUAACUUUCUCAAUCCUGGUGAUCCAUACCAUGCUUAUUACCAGCACAAGGUCAAUGACUGCCGCACUGGGAAAACAGGUGAGAAGGAAUCCUCUAUCCCAGGACGUCCCCAACAACAGACUGUCUCACAGGUCCAGCAACUCAAACAACAGGAAUUGCUGCGUUCAGCAGUCUUGGAAGCAACUGCCCCGAAGGAACCUCCACCAGAUUAUGAAUUCAUUGCAGAUCCCCCUUCAAUAUCUGCAUUUGACUUGGAUGUGGUCAGGCUGACAGCACAGUUUGUGGCACGCAAUGGCAGGCAGUUCUUGACAACUCUAAUGAAUCGAGAACAAAGGAAUAAUCAGUUUGACUUCUUGAGGCCCCAGCACUCACUGUUCCAAUAUUUCACACGCCUCUUGGAGCAGUACACCAAAGUUCUGAUUCCACCCAAAGAUUUAAUGAAACGCCUCAAAGAAGAGGCCCAGAGUGCCCAUGCUGUCAUGAAACAGGUUAAUCAGCGUGUGGAAUGGGAACGCCACCAGGCAGCUGUUAGGAAGCGGGAGGAAGAGGAUGCUGAAAGGGAAAGGCUGGAAUAUGCUGCAAUUGACUGGCAUGAUUUUACAGUGGUUGAAACCAUUGAUUAUCAGCCUUGGGAGGUUGGUUCUUUCCCACCACCAACUUCUCCAGCUGAGGUAGGCCGGCGUGUCCUCCUCCAGGAGCGCAUAGAUGAAGGUGUUACUCCUGACACAGACAUGGUGUUGGGAAGUGAUGAUGAGGAGGAACCAGAAGAAGAGCAGGGUGCUCCUGGUGAUCGGGAUGACACACAAGUGCAAGAUAUGGAGGAAGAAAGCAGUGAAGAGGAAGACUCAGAUGAAGACACACCACCUCAACCACAGAUGCCACCUCCUCAACCAGACAUCAAGGUUCCCCAGCCACCUUUACCAAGAGAACCUCCACAGCCAGCUCCUGCCCCACCUGUUGCUGGUCAAGUUGUGGUCAAAGAUUAUGAUCCUCGGCAACAGCCUCGCCCAUCUGCUGGUGCUACUUCCUCAGACCAGUAUCUUGUUUCACCCAUUACUGGUGAGCGUAUUGCACCUGACAAGGUUGGUCAGCACUUAAGAAUUAACAUGUUGGAUCCUCGCUGGCUUGAAGACAGAGAUCGUCAAAUGGCUGAGAAGACCAAUCAGGAUACUGUAUUUGCAACAGGAGAAUCCAUCCGUUCCUCACUGAAGCAGUUGGCAGAACGCCGUACUGAUAUUUUUGGUGCCGGAGACGAGGAAACAAUUAUUGGUAAGAAGAUUGGAGAGGAGGAAAAACGUGAGGAGAAGGUGACAUGGGACGGGCACACUGGAUCCAUGGAGGCUGCCACAAGAGCUGCUCGGGCCAAUAUUUCCAUCAAUGAGCAGAUCCACCAGAUUCACAAGGUUAAAGGACUACUUCCUGAUCAAGAGAAAGAAAAGAUUGGUCCUCAGCCUAAAUUACCAUCUUCUACCACCUCAGCCACUAAUGUACCUCGACCUGCCCCUCCACCACCACCUAAACCACAGCCAGCACCUCCAAAACCACAGCCUCCUCCACCACCACCAAAAUCUGCCCCACAGCCAGCACCAGCUCCACCUCCCCCAAAGCCUGCAGUUGUAAAUCCUACUCAGUCAAUGAUGGCAGUGAACAUUGGUGCUCCACUUCCUCCUCCAAUGGCUCCCAUGGUUCCUCCAGGAAGUGGUGUGAUGGUAGUGCCCCGCUCACCUGUUAUGAUGGCCCCCAGACCUGGAGGAUUCAUGCCUGGACCCCCAGCUGCUCCCGUGGGGGGUUUCAUGGCUUCACAACCUCAGCCUGCUCCACCUGCUGGAUCGCAGCCAGGAGUUGGUGGAGGAAUGGGAAACAUGGGAGGGGGAGAUAAGGAUGAAGAUGAAGGCCCUGCUGCUAAACGAGCUCGUACAGAGGAGACGCUUGUGCCCGAAGCAGAAUGGACUCGCAGAUUCUCUGGUCCUGUUAAAUUCCAAGUGGCAGUGCCAGUUGUGACAGACAAACCAGAGUGGCGACUUUCUGGCCAGACACUUACUCUUACUCUUCCUCUGACUGAUCCAGUGUCUGUGGUUAAGGCCAAAGUUCAUGAUGAGACUGGUCUUCCUCCAGGCAAACAAAAGUUGGCUAGAGAUGGUCUGUUCUUCAAGGAUUCCCAAUCACUAGCAUACUAUAAUGUAGGACAUGGCACUGUCAUUCAGCUUCAACUUAAAGAACGUGGUGGUCGUAAAAAAUAAGCUUACAUACAGUGCAGCAAGUCCUUGCCUAGUGCUAGUCCUCAAAUGAUGCAAGAUGGAUCAGUCCUCCCACAGUACAGUGUAAGAAUUUUAAGAUACUUAUUGCUUCACAAAAUUGUAAUCCUGGAUAUAUUUACUUUUGCUGCUGAAGCUUCCAUUCAUGCUCUUCAUAAUGAUGGUAGAUGAUUGCUUUAAAUUUGUGAAUAACUGAACAAAAAUGGCAAUAUUUUUAAAAUAAGGACUUACUGUAUUUAGGAUAUGGCAUGAAAGAAAAAGGACUUACUGUAUUUAGGAUAUGGCAUGAAAGAAAGAGACAUUGACAUUCAUGAAGUAACUCCUUAACAGAGUUGUCAACCUGCUACACAGAUUUUUCAUGCCACUUUUUUGUCAUAAUUUUUGGGGAAAUUUUGUCAAGCACUGAAGUGAAUGACAUGUAUGGGAAAUUUAAAAUCAGCCAUCCUCUUUAUUUGAUCAGCUUUGUAAUAAUUGUUAUACAAGGGUAAUUUAUACACUAUUAUACUUUCACUCUGAAAACUUAAAAUCACUUACCUUGACCAAGUAAGUGAUGGCUGAUAUAUAGGGGUUUCAUUUACUGGUAAAAUAUUAGUUCAUGUGCAGUUUCUAAAUUAUUUGUGUACUCAGAUGUUAUUACUAGACUACUGUUGCUCUGUUACAUACCGAAUAUGAUUACUUAUAUUAUAUUACUUAUAUUAGGCACAGGAGAAUGGCACUACUGCCAAGAUGAGACAGGAUAAGAAUCCCAAUAAGAUCAGGAACUGGGUGAGAUUCAAUCCACAUGCUGAGUGUAACAUUUAUGAGGUAACAUAUAGAACAGUUCAUCCUGUGACAACUGUGUCCAUCUCUAAUUCUCUCCGUUUGCUUAACUUUGAUGCCAAGAUUUUAGAAGCCCUAAUUAUUGGUUUUAAUCAUGUUGCUUACAGAAAUUGUCAUUGAAUAAUGAAACAACCUCAUUGCAAGAUAACUUUAUAAAUAUAAAUAAAUAUCCUGUGUGGUAUCCAGUUAACCUGAUAGGAAUACCAGAUUCAGGAUCACUGACUUAAGAAUGGCUAAUCUGUGUAGUUACAAAAACUUGAAAGGCUAAAUUUGCAUUUAACCUAUGUUUCAAUACUUAUUGGCAAUUUUUGCACCAUGCUGAUACACAUUGGUAAUUGGGGCAGAUAAAUUAUCACUAUCAAAUUUAGGCUCAAGGUGCAGAACCUAAGAAUGGACUUCAUUGUUGCAGAAAUGUGUCUUGCCUAGCUCCUGGUCUAAAUAAGAGUAGAGCUAGACUGGAAAUAAACAUGCAGCAUUAUAUGUGAACUGUUAAAUAGGAAUGAAGUAUUCUUUGAGGGUUUGGCCUUUAUUCAUAACUUUUUAAUAUCAGGAAUACAUGGAUUGGCUAACUCAACACAAGUCUUGCAUCCUGCUGCCACAAUCUCUAUAUAACAUAUUCCAGGCCAAAUAUUUUCAUGAAAGUCAGGAAUACACAUGCUCUGAGGCCAGUAAGACAUUGUAAAACAGUUGAAAAUAAUUCACAGAAUUUUCUAUAA